CAUGUUCAAAAACACCGGCGCACUUUUGCGUGAGAAAACUCUUGUAAGGAAGCACCAGUUCUGAACGGAUAUUUGGGGCCGAGUGCCAUUUACGUCGAUUAACUACCGCACAAUGUUAACGUCAUUGAAGAAACAACGUUCCGUCCGUUCCAUCAAGUCGCUACUUCGCAACAGUGGGGAAUAUGAUGCCGACAUAAUAACUACCCACGGAAACCCAUCCUCUAUCAAUAUACCCUUCAAUGAUGCUGCUCCAAAAUCAAUUCAUUUUCCUCCCUCAUUGCAUAUUGCGGACAAGGUCUCUCCAGCCCUUUGGACAUGGAUCCAUAGUACUAGUACUGGCCUAGUUGACCCCGAUACUUUACAUAUGGCCGCUGCUCAUACGCGAUUGAUAUCUGCGCAUGGAGCGGUUAUGGAGUUUCCGGAGCAUUUGAUGGACAUGUCUGAGGAGGGUGCGGAAGAAAUUCGGCCGGCGCCCGGAGCGCGUGCAUUACCAGGAAUGGCACGACAAGGAGGGGCAAGAGGUAUGAACGGUUCACACAUGCAGAAGGGCAAAGUCAACAGAAGACCGGUAACCGCGGUGUUCGAUAAUGUGGAAGCAGGGAGCUUCAAAAUUCGCAGGUUGUAUCUGCAAUUGGAGGAGUUGCGUUUGAAAUGCAGUACCAAUGCAACCAACAUUGUAUGCCGCAUCCAAAUUGGUUCCCAAUCGCACUAUACGGCAACCUUAUCUCUCCGAAAGGAAGCGAAUAAAGGCUUUGGAUUAAUCGCGUAUCCUAGAGAAGGUUUCAUCUUCGACACCGAAGACCAAGAUACUCGUGUCACCAUUCGUCUUCAUUCUGUUCCGGCUAAUGCCAGAUUAUCCAACGACUUUUCUCCUCAUUUGUCCACCUCUCCUUCCUUCGAUUGUGUCCCAGCAGCCGCCGACCCAACCGUUCUCCGCCCCAAGCUAGGACUGUUGUCUAAUCUUCGUCGUUCUCCAACGUCGUCGUCAAUGGGGUUCAAUGCCUUCAAUGGAAGCGGUACGUCCACACCAAGCGGAACAGCGCCUGAUGCCGGGCAGUUGCUUGGCGAGCUGACGUUCAUUGUGCCUGGUCGAGCGAGUGUUGGCACAAAAAUUCCGGCUGAGUACAUGGCCAUGUCUCCCAACGGAAAGAAAGAAAUUGCGAAGAUCACUAUGCAGAUGGGCGUGUUCUUGGAUGAAGAGUAUUGUCCGGAACCUGAGUCAGAGCCACUUCCUGCAGAGCCCGAAUUUGGAGAUUAUCUGAACUUUUUAAUUCACACCACGGGCGCGUCGAUAUGGCGCAAAUACUGGUGCAUUCUCCGCGAUAACGAACUUCAAAUAUUUGACUUUGAAUACCGCGAGACAAAGCCAGUCUAUGCCCUUCCACUACAUCAAAUUGGUCAUAUCCAUCCGGCAGAUCCUGAACUCAUCUACGCACCAUACUGCAUUGAGAUGAUUUUCAAUCCGAGCUAUGUCGCUCAACCUGGGGCUGGCUGGUUCAUGAGCAUCCUGGAGAACAAACCAGGUUCUGUGGAUGUGGUUUCGUACAUGACCGCAGAUUCAAAACAGAGAAUGGUGGGUUGGAUGGAUGAGAUCGCCAGGGAAAAAGCAAGGAUGGCUGGAGCAGGUACUCCAGUUCCGCCGCCUAGAAAGGCGACAGCUCCCAAGGGUAGUAGGAAGCCAGUAGUUCCUGUUUCCGCGAUCGCAAUGGCCAGGGAAGCUGCCUAUUGAGUUGGGGUACUAAAAGUAGGACAUAUACGUGGGGUGUGCACAUUGUUCAUCGAAAUAUAACCUUCUUGAUUCCUAA